AUGGGCGCACAAGUGUCGGAACUGGACCAGUGGAAGAAGGUUGCUUGGUCCGAUGAGCCCGUUUUCUUUAACAUCACAUGGACGGCUGUCUACCAUCCCCCUCUACAAUCUCCAUCCACCAUCCCCAACUACCAUCCACCAUCUCCAACCACCAUCCCCAACUACCAUCCACCAUCUCCAACCACCAUCCCCAACUACCAUCCACCAUCUCCAACCACCAUCCCCAACUACCAUCCACCAUCUCCAACCACCAUCCCCAACUACCAUCCACCAUCUCCAACCACCAUCCCCAACUACCAUCCACCAUCUCCAACCACCAUCCCCAACAACCAUCCACCAUCUCCAACCACCAUCCCCAACUACCAUCCACCAUCUCCAACCACCAUCCCCAACUACCAUCCACCAUCUCCAACCACCAUCCCCAACUACCAUCCACCAUCUCCAACCACCAUCCCCAACUACCAUCCACCAUCUCCAACCACCAUCCCCAACUACCAUCCACCAUCUCCAACCACCAUCCCCAACUACCAUCCACCAUCUCCAACCACCAUCCCCAACUACCAUCCACCAUCUCCAACCACCAUCCCCAACUACCAUCCACCAUCUCCAACCACCAUCCCCAACUACCAUCCACCAUCUCCAACCACCAUCCCCAACUACCAUCCACCAUCUCCAACCACCAUCCCCAACUACCAUCCACCAUCUCCAACCACCAUCCCCAACUACCAUCCACCAUCUCCAACCACCAUCCCCAUCUACCAUCCACCAUCUCAGUUUUAUGCCUCCUCUUCCCAGUCACUUCAUCUGUUAACUGGUUUCAACCUUGAAAGCCUGAGGCCUCUCAAGCAUUCCCCCGGGGUUCCUGUCCCCCUGGCUGUGCCCCUUGCAGUCUCUGCCCCCAAAAACCCCAGCCAGCCCCCCAGCUCUGUGCAGCUGUUUGAGCCAGUGACCCGGGACUGGUCCAAAUGA